GGCCCUGCCAGCCACUAGCCCUUCCGCUGCCUGGGACCAGCAGCCAAUGAGCGGACAGCAUCCACCAAAUGCGCAGCGCCUAGCGCCGUGACGGGCCAGACCGUUUACGGGCAGCACAGGCUGGGAAUCAGGCUGUGCCCUCACUGUGGCAUCAGCAGCAAGAGCUGCACCAACAAGAGAUCGCUGCUGCCGCUGUUACUGCUCCCACGGACUCAGCCUCAUUGACAAAGCUACGCCAGCAAACACAAAAGGCGCGUCCCACUUCAUCCGAGCGUCAGCUUCCCUGGUAGCCGUCGCCUCGUCCUCGUCUUCCUCUUCCAACACUUCUCUCGACCUGACAACCUUGUCCUUCUCUCUUCCUCUUCCUCUCCUCCCACCUACCAAGCCACAACACGAGUUUCCUACGUCAUCACAUUAACCAGCUUCUUUCUCCUUCGUUUUGCUCCGACAACGCUUCAACGAUUGAUAUUUGCUUUUCCAUCCCGUCUUCUUUAGCUCCAGCCUCUUCUUUCGAUAGCUCCCCCACUCUACGACUACUCGACCGUUAUCCGCCAUGGCCGAGUUACCUCGCAAAAUGAGUGUCAAAGAGCAGUUCACAAAUCUCCAGCGCAGAACCUCAUUGCUCGUACAAAAAAACAUUGAGCGUAUGCCAACCAUGCCUGCUAUUCCUGCUAUUCCUGCUAUGCCUGCUAUGCCCCAAUUGCCGCCAAUGCCCACCAUUGAAUCCAUCUCUUCUAGGACCAAUUCGUGGGCUCAGCAGCUAAGUCGUCCACAGGGCAAAACGCUCGCUGGGACGUGGGAGAAGAUUGACGUCCCGUCCAUUCCCCGAUCCUCGCACACCGUCAACAUUGUCGGCGGAUCGGCUUAUAUUUUUGGUGGUGAGAUUAGCCCACGGGAGCCAGUCGACAAUGACAUGCACGUUGUGCGAUUGCCUCUCAGCGGUGCCAGCGCAGACUACUAUCAAAUCAAGGCGACCAACCGAGCUGCUGAACCCGCCAAGAUCGAGCCACAGGCUGCGGAGCCCAAAGAGGCGGUUGAGAAGCCUGAAUCCAAGGACACUACUACCGAACAGAAAGGCUUGCCCAAGGAUUCUUCAAUGGACGAUGUUACUCUCGAAACACCACUUGUCACAAAGGACAAGGGCAAGGCGCUUGCUCUUGGUCUGAGCAGUACUCUGUCCAGCGUUCCCGAAGCCCGUGUCGGUCACGCUACUGCCCUCAUUGGUUCCCGAAUCUUUCUCUUUGGCGGCCGCGGUGGCCCUGACAUGAAGCCACUCGAGGAAGCAGGCAGAGUUUGGGUUUUUGAUACCCGCACCAACACAUGGUCCUAUCUCGAUCCGGCACCUGCUAUCAAGGGCGGCGCGAUUGUUCCUCAUCCUGCUGCUCGUAGUUACCAUUGUGCUACCUCGUAUGACAGACCUCAGGAAUUUGGAGCAGACGGCGACAAUAAGCCAACCGAGACAUGGCAGGAAUGGGCUUUGGGAGAUACUUCAAAGACGGGUAUUCCCCAGGACCCUGUUGUCGGCUAUGUCGCCGAGAAUGCCGUUGAUGAAGAAGCUAGGGGCUAUGGUACCUUCAUCAUCCACGGUGGAUGUCUUGCAGGCGGUGAUCGCACGUGUGACAUUUGGGCAUUCGACAUCGCUUCACGCAAGUGGCUUGAAAUUCCCGCCGCUCCUGGUCCAGCACGUGGCGGUACCUCCAUCACUAUUCACCAGAGCCGCCUGUACCGCUUCGGAGGCUUUGACGGUAAAACCGAAAUUGGCGGCCAAUUAGACUUCCUUGACAUUGAAACCGAGAUGUUUGAGGAUGGACGUCGCAAAACCGAAGGCGUCAUCAGACCCAAGGGAGGUUGGCAAUCUGUGGUUGCGACCAGUGAAGCAUCCUCGGAUGGUGAGGUCGAUGCCUGGCCUAGCCCCCGAAGCGUUUCUUCCUUGGAGGUUGUUCCGGUACCUGGUGGUCGAGACUACCUCGUGGUAUCCUUUGGAGAAACUGCGCCCAGCUCUGAAGGCCACGCAGGCGCUGGUAAAUUCCUCCGCGACAUCUGGGCCUACCCACUCCCCCCUGCUCAAGGCAUCACUACAGCUCAUAUCACAGCUACACUAAUGUCUGCGAUUGGUCGCAAGCCUGAGGAGGCCAAGUGGUUCAAGGUGGCAUCUGCACCAUUUGAUCCUGAGGAGAGCCAGUCUCUCCCCAAGCCAAGAGGGUGGUUGGCAAGCGCAACAAUCACGGACUAUGAAGAAAGUGGUGUGCUCGUCUGGGGUGGUCUUGGCGAGGACAGUAGAAGAAUGGGUGAUGGCUGGAUUUUGCGUCUUGCGUAAUCUGUUUCCAAGUUCGUCUGUAAGAGAGUAUCAUGAUGAACAACGAUGCAAGAGUGGUUGCAGAUGAAAAUGUUUUGCUUUUAUCAUUUGCGAGCCAAGUCUCUGUUUUUAUUUGUAGGCAAAAUUGCACGAUAUAAGCGUUACGAAAUAUAGCACUGUCCCGUGCGAGCCAA